CAACCUCCUUCCUCCUUGGAGUCAGAACUCACAAGACAUGGUGAGAGAAUUUCAGCUAUUAAGAAUCACAUUUCAAAAUUCAGAACUCUUGAAGCACCAGAUCUUGAUAAUUUCCAAUUAGGAGUGUCACGGAAGGGUCAUGUGCCCCUGGACCUUGAAGGCAUGUUUAAAAAGGAAGCUGAUAUUUCAGUAGUAAAAUGCUGCAGUGACCCUGUUAUUAACAUGGAAGACAGUCUUCUAAAUUCUGUUCAAAAGACCAGAGCUAAGGCACACAAUGUUGAUGCAAAACAUUUAGGGUUUGCAGGCCUAGAUGAUGCUAGAGAGUCAACACCAAGAAAGGCAGAUGAUGCUGUGACUCUAAGUGACCUUUCCUUCCAUUUGUCUGGGUCAGAAACUAACAUGCUGCAAAGUUCAUUAAUUUCUAAUGACCUUGCCAAAAAGGCCUCUGACCCUGAUGCCCAUGAUGUUUCACAAAGAGAGAAAAUCAAGUUCAAGGAAAGCUGUCAGCCUCUAAAUACUUCCUCUGAGGUGGAUCAUCUGGAUCACUCUUUUGUUCAAGAUUCAUUGCCAGCUGAAGGUGAUUUAGUUGGAAAGAAAAGGAGAAUUGAACAGUCUCUUGUCAUGGAUGAAAGCCACAUCAGUAAAAUUAGCAGGACAGAAAAGAGUCCUAUCUUUUCAAGUGAACCAGUGGCAACUAAACCUAUGAUACAUUUAGCUCAUCCUUCAGAAAUUAUCGAUCAAUCCCUUGAAACUGGUGGCCAGCGAACAGCAGUGCACUGGUCCGAUAUAUUCUCUAAAGUGUCUGAUGCCAAAAAAUUAGUAUUUUCUCCAAUUAUUCAUAAACUUGCUUUGCAAGAGCUGGACAUCUUGGAGGAUAUGUUGGGUGAGCUGCAAGUGGCUAGAAAAUAUCUGAAGAUUUCUUCUUCUUUGAGGAACAAUGAUCACUUGGAUGACUUGCACCGACAGAGAGUUACUGAAGCAUGGUUUUUGCAAGAUAAGUUUUUAUAUGAACAAGCCAAAAUGCAGAUAAAGCGUGCCAAGUUGGAUCAACUACGUGGUAAAGCUCACUCAAUUCAGUCGGGACUUAAGGAAUGUAAUAGUCUUAAAUCAAUGUUUUCACAGCUCUGUCUUCAGAAUACAAGAGGUGUACAGAAUAAGGAGAAUCAAGUUCACUCUGUUUCAUCUAUUACUAGUUGCCGAAAUAAGGUGUUUUUGUGCUCUCUAAGCUGCAGUAUAUUCCUAAUAUUUUGGAUGCAGAGUGAAACAGAUGAAAGGAUGGCAUCAAGGAGACAUGAGCUAAAAAUGCUGGAACAGAAGGAGGAUCACUUGUUGAAGUCGCUUGGAGUUUGUUGCAAGAUAAAAGGAAAUAUGAGCACCGAUGGAAUUACUAAAGUUGCCAAUGAACGUUUAGAAAUGCGGAACCGUAUUAAUAUCAUUCAUCAACAGUCACGGCUUUGGGAAUUAAGCAACACAAUGAAAAGGGAUAAUAAACAUGAUAUUGUGCUUAAUUAUUGCAAUUUCCUCUUUCAAAGGUUUACUAUUGAUUCCUGUCAAGUCUCAAGUAUACUUGUCAAUAACUCAUUGCAUGCAGAAAACAUUGGGAAGACUUUUCACAACAUGAAUGAACAUGUGGUUUUUGAAUUUGUUUUUGGUGACAAGGGUGAUAGCAGAGUCAUCAGUUCUAAAUGUUUUCAACAAAAGACACUGGAAACCAGUUUGCUUAUGGGGAUCCUACUUGAUGUGCUUGCGGAAGUACAAGUUGCAAGGAUGGAAAAUCUGAAUCUAACAUUCUCAACCUUCAGCCAUACACCCACAGGCCAACUUGAGUUGCAGCUCUGUUUUAUGAAUUUCAAAAACGGCCAGAAAGUGACAUUGAGCAUGGAUAUGUCUGAACUUAAGUGUGCAACCUAUCCAUCGGAGCCUUCUGAACUCAAGUACAAGAUAUGCGAGGCACAGACAACACUAUCUCCAUCACUCUCAGCUAGACUAAUGGCUAUGCUACGUAGCCAUCAAGGCAAACGUUUGGUGAUCUUAAGUCUGUGCCGUGCAAUUUCCCUGUUGUUUCAGGACUUACUAGCAAGCUGAGAGGCAUUACAUAUUUGAGGAGAGUGAUUUGCUGCUGCUUUGUAUAUAUUUGCUGCUGUUAGGAUCUCAGUUUGAUGGCUUCCAAGUGGUUCUUUCGUAAAGAGUACAUGUCAAAGUAACUAAUCUUUUGGGCACUCAGUAAGAUUUACAUAUUUGAGGCA